AUGGAAAAGGUGAUGCUGGCAGCUGCCUUUGCAGAUGCCAACUCCAGCACCAUGAACGAGUCCUUCGCACACCUCCACUUUGCUGGAGGGUACCUGCCCUCUGACUCCAAGGACUGGAGGACCGUAGUCCCAGCUCUCUUGGUGGCUGUCUGCCUGGUGGGCUCCGUGGGGAACCUGUGUGUGAUUGGCAUCCUCCUUCACAGCACUUGGAAAGGAAAGCCAUCCAUGAUCCACUCCCUGAUUCUGAAUCUCAGCCUCGCUGACCUCUCUCUCCUGCUGCUCUCUGCACCCGUCCGAGCUACGGCAUACUCCAAAGGGGUCUGGGACCUCGGCUGGUUUGUCUGCAAGUCCUCUGACUGGUUCAUCCACAUGUGCAUGGCAGCCAAGAGCCUGACAAUCGUUGCAGUGGCCAAAGUGUGCUUCCUGUAUGCAAGUGACCCAGCCAAGCAAGUCAGGGUCCACAACUGCACCAUCUGGUCAGUGCUGGUGGCCAUCUGGGCCGUGGCCAGCCUGCUAACCCUGCCAGAGUGGUUCUUCAGCACUACAAGGCAUCAUGCAGGUGUGGAAAUGUGCCUCAUGGAUGUACCUGCUGAGGCCGAAGAGUUCAUGUCACUGUUCGGUAAGCUUUACCCUCUCCUGGUAUUUUGCCUUCCAAUACUCCUUGCCAGUUUUUAUUUCUGGAGAGCUUAUGGCCGAUGUCAAAAGCGAGGAACUAAGACUCAGAAUCUUAGAAACCAGAUGCGCUCAAAGCAGCUCACCGUGAUGCUGCUGAGCAUCGCCCUCACCUCUGCUGUCUUGUGGCUCCCGGAAUGGAUAGCUUGGCUGUGGACAUGGCACCUGAAGGCUGGAGGCCUGGCGCCGCCGCAAGGUUUUGUAGCCCUGUCGCAAGUCCUAAUGUUUUCCAUCUCAUCAGCAAACCCUCUCAUUUUUCUAGUGAUGUCAGAGGAGUUCAAAGCCUUGAAAGGUUUAUGGAAAUGGUUAGCCAAAAAACGUCCGAAUGCCUCAGAGCCUCAGAAAACGCCAGAUGGCAACUCAGAGGUCCUCCCUGCCAAUGUGCUACCCCCCGAGUCCCCUGCAUCCAUACCAGAGAGAGAGAAAGAAGCGGGUUCUCCAUCCUCUGGCAAAGAGAAAACUGAGAAGGCAGAGGUUCCCGUCCUCCCUGACGUGGAACAGUUUUGGCAUGAGAGGGACACAGUCCCCUGUGUGCAAGACAAUGACCCUGUUCCCUGGGAGCACGAGGGUCAGGAGGCAGGAGACGACGAUAAAUAG